CGGGGACCGCUUUCUCCUCCGUGCCUUGCCUGCAGCACUCCUCCAGGGUGAGCAGCCUUCAGGGUGACGGGAGGGCUCCCGAGCGACUGCUGCAUGCAGUAGUCCUCGGACAGACAGGCUUAAUCCUCCCACUUGGCGACCUUCUGGGUAGGAAGGGGACCGAGCCACAGCCUGGUUAUGGCCGCCGCGGCGUGCGAACCUGUGGCUAGACCCAGCCUGACCUCCAUAUCGUCCGGGGAGCUCCGCAGCCUGUGGACGUGCGACUGCGAGCUGGCCCUGCUGCCCCUGUCGCAGCUGCUCCGCCUGCAGCCUGGGGCCUUCCAGCUGCGUGGUGAGCAGCUCGUGGUGCCCGGGCCGGGGGAACCCGCCACGGACGCGCGAGGGGGCUUCAACGUCUUCGGGGACGGCCUAGUGAGCUUCGACGGGCAGCUGUACCGCCUCAGCAGCUACAUCAAGAGAUAUGUGGAACUGACCACCUACUCUGAUUAUAAAGACUACAGGGAAACGAUACUGAGCAAGCCCAUGCUAUUCUUUAUUAAUGUGCAGACCAAGAAGGACAUCUCAAAAGAAAGGACCUAUGCGUUUCUUGUGAACACAAGGCACCCCAAGAUAAGAAGACAGAUAGAGCAGGGGAUGGACAUGGUCAUUUCCUCGGUGAUUGGAGAAAGCUACAGACUUCAGUUUGAUUUCCAGGAAGUAGUGAAGAAUUUUUUCCCUCCAGGAACUAAAGUGCUCAAUGGAGAGAAUUUGAGCUUCGCCUAUGAGUUCAAGGCAGACGCCCUGUUUGACUUCCUUUACUGGUUUGGGCUCAGCAAUUCCACCGUAAAAGUGCACGGAAAGGUUCUGAACUUGACAAGCAUGAACCCAGAAAAGAAAGAAACAAUUAAGUUGUUUCUGGAAAAAAUGAGCGAACCUCUAAUCCGAAGGAGCAGUUUCUCUGACCGGAAAUUUAGUGUCACAUCUAGAGGUUCAAUAGACGAUGUUUUUAACUGCAACCUGUCACCCAGAUCAUCGGUCACAGAGCCGCUUUUGGCAGAGUUAUCAUUCCCGAGUGUUCUGGAAUCUGAAGAGACAUCCAGCCACUUUAUCUGAUUGGUCUGAACACUCUGGCUGUCAUCCUUUGACUGGAGGCCUGUGGCACACAGCAGGCCGAAGGGUGAGAGGAGGGAGGAGGCGGGCACUCCCAUCCCUUUGCCAAGCCCCGGUCCUCCAAGGUUCUCUAGAGGGCCCUUUUUUCCCAUGUCGCUGGGCAUGGUGCCCUGGCUGGUCCAGUGCAGCUGCCUUCCGUCAGGGUUUUGAUUAUGGGAUGGAAGGGCUUUGUCCCUAUGGCACAGGGUGCCAUUGACAUUGAACACUUCUCUGAAGAAUCUGAGAAAUUCUCAGGGGCCUGCCACCCUGAACUUUGCUUAACACCCUGGCACUCUGGGGACUUUCCUGGCAACUUCUGUGGGAGGCACCUGACUGGGAUGUUAACCCUGGUGCUUCGUGGAUUAUGGAAUGGUCCUCUGCUUGGGACACACCUUGAGGCUCACUGACCCAGCAAGCUUGGGGUUAAGUGCUUCUCUUGCAAAUGUGUUAGGCAAAGCCUGUACCGUAUUUCACUGGGAGACAAGUAUGGUUUUUAUCCCACCCAUGGGGAACCUUGAGGACAUUCAAGCUACUGGCUGCUGAAGGAUCUGCAGGAUGCCAGGAUGAACCUGCCUGGGAUGCAAAGCUGCCACGUGGUGCGACAAUCAACCAGCGAAAUGACCUGUCCUCCCGCCCUGCAGGCACACCACACAAGUGGGCAUUGGAAAGGCGCUUUUAGCAGUCUUUAACACGAGAAGAAAAGCCCAAGGAGAGCAGG